AUGUUAACGCAGGAGCAAAUUCGACAGAAACUUUUGGAGUUUGAAUGCACACUUUUGAACGCAUUGGCUGGUGAUGUGGAUGAGUCGUAUUAUGCACAGCUAAGGCAGUUGACGGAAACAGUGCGACGCGAGUUUUCAAUGCAGCAAGAACAUGGUACACUAACUAAUGCCACACUUCAGUUGGGUGCACGAGUGAGCGAUCGAUUACAACAGCUGGCUCAUCUUUUGCAUGAAGAACGCAUGCAAAUGCAGUGCAUUCAUUCGGCUGCCAAUAUGGAGCUUGCUACGAUCCUGAGAAGCACCGCAAAGCAACCCAGUGUUCGAGGUGCAUCGUGCUCAGAUAGACGCGAUCCAGCAUUGAAUGCAAAGAACAUGCGAAAUUGGUUUCUCCGUAACUUGGGACAUCCCUUCCCGUCACGAGAGGAAAAGGAGAUGAUUCUAGCCGAGACGAACGCAUUUAUACGAGAUCACAGCAUGCGGUUGAAAUACAGUCAGAUUGUUCUUUGGUUCAUUAAUACACGCAGACGCUCAGGAUGGACUUCGUUUCUUCGAUGCUACGCGCGCGGUGAUAAGACCAAACUGUUGGAGCUGGCUUGGGCCAUCCAGAAUGAAGAGGGUGGAACGCAUGAGACACGUCAUUGGUCCGCUGGAAAUUUGCGAGAUCUUCCUGCUGGUUCGAGGCGAUCUAUCCAGUGCGACACUUCGAGUGCACAAAGACACAUACGCACGCUGCUACCAAAUUUGAACGACGAUGCCAUUUGCACGAUGCGACGUGAAUGGUCACGUAUUGCUGAUCGGGUUCGUAUUGGUGCUAAAGAGCGUGUGGGUGAGUGGGUGGAAGAGGUCAUUCGUACUCCUAGCGUGCCUUCUGCCUCUGCCUCACAUCGUCGCGCGCUUCGACGUGUGAUGCCAUAG